AAUACUUGAUCGGAAAAAAAAAAAAGUAUCUUGUCAUUCUUACUGUUCAGCGCGCUUUCCCAAGAGGAGUUUUCUGCUUUGUCAUGAUCACGAGAGUAAAACAGUGACAGGCCUAUGAAUUUCCUCUUCUAGAGAGAGGAGUGAAAGAGUGAAGCUUUUGUGUUGUGCAGAGAGAGAAGCGUUAAGCUUUUGUGUUUUGCAGAGAGGGAAGAGUGAAACUUUUGUGUCGUGCACAGAGAGAAGAGCGAAGCUUUGUGUUGUGAAGAAAUUGAAGAGUGAAGCUUUUAGGUUGUGAAGAACUGACUUUCAGGUGAGAGAAUAUAGCAAAUAUUCCCCAUCUUCUCUCCCUAAGCUUUUGGCCUUCUUCUUUAGGGGGGAAAAAAAAGAGAAAAGUUUUUUCCUUUUCUUUUACUCGUUUGCUUUGGCUCUGCAAUCCUUUCUCAAAUUAGAGACAAAACAAACAAAAUAAAGCAGCUUGCAAUGAUUGCAUUCUCUGUUUUGCAUUCCAACGGGAUCAAAAGCGAAUAAUAGCUUUCUCUGCACUUUUUCGGUUUGUAAAAGUUAAGCUAAUCAGCAAUAGUACUCAGUCUUGUAUAUUGUGUUGAUUGUUAUACCCAAAAAAUGGAUAUUGAGCAGGCACUUGAUGGCAUAAAUAAUUUGAAGGAAUGGAAGAUUGACAAAAGAGUUAAACAGAGAAUUAAAGACUCCGGCUUUGAUGGGUUACUGAGGCUCACUACUUUUCCAGUGAACCAUGAUUUACCCCUAUUAUCUGCACUUGUAGAAUCCUAUGAAAUAAAAAGUAGAUGUUUCGUUUUUAAUGGUCAUAAACUUGUUUUUGGUUUAGAAGAUGUAUUGUAUAUAACAGGGUUGCCAGUAGAUGGUAAUCCUGUGACGGGUAUUGAUUCAAAAGGGAAUGAGCUUUGUAUGAAAUACUUAGGCCGUAAUGUUUGCGAUAAAACGAGAACUGGUUUCACUAAUUCAGCAUGGCUUAGGAAGAAUUUUGAGGUAGUUCCUGAGACUAUUGAUCAAGAUAGUCCUGAGAUUGAACCUUAUGUUCGAGCUUUUCUGCUGUAUCUUAUAGGCUCCAUAGUUGUUCCGAGUUAUUACGGAAGUAAUGUUCCUGUUAUGUAUCUUUCUCUUAUGGAAAAUCUUCAAAGCAUAAAGGAUUAUGCAUGGGGUGCUGCUUUAUUAGCUCAUCUUCAUCUUUCCAUGGAGAAUUUUAAGCAAUCUUAUUCACCACGCCGAAGAAACAUAUUGAUCGGACACAGCUAUUCUCUUAUGGUUUUUGCAAUGGAGCGUAUUCCUAAGCUGCUGCUGAGAUUUUGUUUGAAUGGAGCUAAUCCGGUGGAUGAUUAUCUUCCAACAACGUUUCCUUUGUUGGCAGGAUGGACAAAACUCCUGUGCGAGCACUCCAAUACUGAAGAAAAAAUUACUAAACAAGAAUAUCUUGAAAUUCUGGAUGGGUUAAAGGAGGAUGAUAUUGUAUGGCAGCCAUACAAAAGGCUACCUUGUGAUUUUCUUCCACAGUAUUGUGCCGGGCAGGAGAAAAUUGGCAUGUCGCGGACAAUCCUCCUUUGCUAUGAGAAGGCUGUGUAUCAUCGUCCUGAUUUAAGUCCAAAGCAAUUUGGCAUUCAGGAAGUGAACACCAAUAUAUUGCGCCCCCUCGUUGAGUUGGAAUUGGGUUCUCGGUUUGGUCGGAAAGGAAUAAAUUGGGGAACAUAUGGGAAGUAUGGAUGUUACAAGGAGGAGUGGGAAAGUAGGGCCAGCUGCCUCAUAAUAGAAUCUGCUGAAGAGGAUCCUGGCCCCCCCUCGUUUGAAGCACUUACUACUUUGUCCUCUCAAACCCCUAAUGACCUUGACCCACAGUCAGCCAAGAGGAAGACAAUUGAUCAUGCCAGCGACAAGCUCAAGGUUAAGACAAAGAAGACCUCAGGCAUCCUUGUAGAUACUUAUGGGCCCACCAACUCCUUGCCAUCAUGGAAUGCUAUGCACCUUGAGCCCCAGUUGGUCCCAUCUAUAGAGUCACGAUCAUUUGACCUAAUUGAUGUGGCUCCUUUGGAUGCGACUCAGCCUCCAUCUACUGGGGUAUUUCUAGUGGAAUCUAACCAGGAGGAGCCUGCAACCAUUUGUCCCUCCAAUUCAAGUUCAAGCUUGCUGAUUAACCAUUUUCAUUCAGAAUUAUUUCCUACAGCCGGAUCACACAAGUUGUUGGAUGAGUUGAGUUCAUUAGAGGCUGAUGUUAUCGAUCUACUUCGGGGGUCUGUUACCCAUCAUUCUGAUGUUCAGCCAACAACUAUGCAUGCACCUGUGGAGUCUGCCAAGGAGACCAUUCGAGGAAUCCUUUGUCAAGGCUUUGAUACUUUAACGAAUUCUGAAAUGCAAGAAGCUUUUUUUGCUUCUUCAGAGGUUCUUUUGUCAGCCGAUGUCUUCCCAUGUGCUCAUUUGAAGACUAGGUUGACAGUGUUUAGGAAUGAGCUCCGGGAAAAUGCUACUGCCUUUCUGCAAGCACAGACAGUUAUUGAUACAGCUUCAGAGUUUUCUUCUCUUCAAGAAUUCUUGGAGGUGCAAGCUGUUAAAAUUCCAGCCCUUCAAGAACGCUUAGGCAUGGCUGCCAAGAAGAUAGCGGAUCUUAGAGCAAUAUUAGACGCUGCCGUUGAGAGACAAACUAAGAUGGAUGAGGUUCUUGCUGCCUUUGUUGAUAAGACUAAAAUUGCCAAGCAGAAGUUGGCCUCCUUGAAUCCUCAAGCAGCUGACAUCAAGUCCAAGAAGCAGGCAGCCGUGAAGGUGGUCGAGCAAUGCAAAUCAUCUUGGGUUGACCUUAGUACUAGUUUAUUCAGAUUCUUGUAACAUUUAGUUAUAAAUGAACUCUAAAAUCAUAUAGCUAAGGUGGCUGCUAACACACAAAGCAACUUGGAAGUGACAUUAGGAAGAAAAAGAGAAGCUCCGCUGCUUGAUAGUUUGUUUUAAUCUGGUAGGUAAUAUGUGACUCCUUUUGCCUAUCCUUCAUUAUGAUUGUAAUUAUGACUUUCCUUUAAUGAAUGGAAACUAGCUUUUUCGUUCCUAAUCGGGAUUAUUUGUGUGUCCAUUGUCCAAUAACACUUUCUGUGUUUUCAAUAACAGCAGGUUCUGCACAUGCGAACUUAAAAAGUAG